UGGUCUGGUCAUGUGGAACGCAUAGAGUACGACAGCUUAGGAAAAAGCGCCUAAUUUCUGAGUGGUGAGAAGAAAAAGGAGAGGAAGACCAAACAAGUGCUGGGCAUAAGGCGUUUAGUGCAUUGGAGAGAGAACGCAUGAAAGACCAAGAUAAAUGACACAUUAGGUGAAGGAAGGCCCAACGAGCUGCAGGUAAUCAAAGUACCCAAGUGACAGGAAAGCAAAACACUUUCAACGUGAACAAUAUAGAAAGCAGAAUAUAAAAGUUCCCAGAAAGUGCUGCAAAGAAUGAUAUGGAAAUCAGAGAGAAGGAGCCAGCCACAAGUAUUUCAGUGACGAGCACCAUGAAGAAAGGUUGAUAACUUCUGCUGCCUCUUCUCAUAAAUUCGGCAAAAGACAUUUAGGACCCAUGAACUGCCUAUGCGGGACAACAAAAUGAGAAAUACGGCUCUGUUAUGGCCCCGUCAACGGAUUCAACAUGGCGACCCCCAGCGACGGAUACCUCGUGGCCGCCUCCUUCCCCGGAGCCUGCCACCCACUCCCCACCGCCGGAGUCCAGCCCCUGGAGGCCUCCAACCUCCCCCCGUGAGGUGGCCUCCUCUGUGGUCGCUUCCGUGCAGUACGUGACCUCAUCCGUAAGACUCCUCUUCACUGGAUGCUUCCAGUGCCAGUCCCUGAAGGGCGGAUGCUGGAGGCGGCAGGAAGAGCCAGACGGCGCCUGGUUUGACUGCGACAAACUCCAAGUGGAACACCCGUAUUGCUAUGUCAACCCUGUUGCGCUGACGGACCCGGCACCUAGUGAGGAUGCAACCACACCAAACGGCACAAUCCUCUCUCAGCAGCCGAGGGCAGAGCCAAGGUCACCAUCCUCGCUGACUCCCUCUGCAAAAUCCCCCGCUAAGUGUCCUACGAACCUCGACGUACCAAAGGACACUGUAGCCAACGGAGUCACUAGCGACGGGUUGUCAGCCGUCAAGGGUGACACGGUUGUUUACAAGAACGGUCGCAUCAGAAGCAGCCUGGUGGAAUCGUUUGCGGCCAAGCUUGAGGCCGACCUGAGGAGGAUAGAGUGCGACCGUCAGAGGGCCGAGGGGGAACUCCUGAAUGUGAACGACGUCCGGAUAACGACGGAUGAAGAUGUGAUAUCCUUCCCAGAUUACCUCUGCGCUGACGUCGAUUUCUUUAAGGACGGAGGGACGGACAUUCCCUACCAGUACGAUGGCUUCAAUGGCAACCAUCGCCUCGAACACGAAGUGUGGAAGCCGUCAGAACUUGAGGAUGUGUUUGAAUGCUAUAACAUGGCUGCAUUUUACUCUUAUGGUGCAUCGACGCAGCUGGGUGAAAAAGGUGGAAACAAGAACAAGGGGGAGAAAUUCGAAGAGGUCUUCCCUCCUACGUUCAGCAACAACAACAACAACACUAUCAAAGUGUAUAGACCGGCUGGCGAGAGUGAAAGUCCACUGCCGUUGAAGGAUGAACAAACUAAAGAAAACGUGACCGAAAUAGAAAUUUGUGAUAGAAAACGGGAAAUAUCCGAAGAUGAACUCAAGGAAUUCAUUCAUUCUUGCGUUUUAGCAGAGAAUGUUGAAGAAGCGAGUCUCCCCCCACUUAUCCCCGCGGGUGUACCAAAUGCCGUCUGUGAUGAAUUAAUAUAUUACGGUAGCAGAAGCUUUAAUAAGUUGCUAAUUUUUAAUCUAGUCAAGUCAGUGAUGGCCGAGUGCCAAGAACACUACCCCCAUUCCAUGCCCUUGUGUGCAAAUUAUCCAGUUCAUUUAGUACAAAAUAAAAUUCUCAGUGUUUUGCAAGACGACACGAACGCAUACCAACUCAGCACCUCGGGCUUGCAAGCUUUCCACAACGGAUCGUUCAUGCAUCCGGCAGACAGCCAGUAUUACCUGAACCAGCUGAUUGCCGAGAGGAUGGUCGAGAACGCAGUCAUGGACGAACUGAAGAAGGAGAUGAAGGAGUGGAAAGAUGUGAGCCGGGAGGAGAGAGAGUUGAAAGAGGCUAUAUCCACCGACAUCCUUCAUGAUCUCAUAAGUGACACGGCAUCCCUGUUCGACGAAAUCGUCAAGCGGAAGUGUAGUACGUGAUGGGUCUUGCUUGCUCUUCAUUUUUCUUUCACGAAAGGAAAAUUACGACAUGCAGUGACAUCUAUGUGAUUCAAUUCUAUGUGUUUCACAUUAUGGCAAUGAGGACUGUUUCUUCCAUAAUGAAAGGACAAGAAAGCAAGAAAAACAUGUUUAUCUACUUGUAGAAUUAGAGACAACAAUUCCAGAGUAUUUCUGGGCUAUGAUAUGGUGUGCAUCCCAUAAGAAUGAACCAGUUUCCUAUUAUUUCAGUUAUUUAAAAGUCAGACUAGUAAAAAAAAAAACCUCAGUACUAAACUCUACCCGAUUCACUCAUUCUAUUGACGCGUUAUCAAUAAAAUCUAUUAUAAUUAUUACUAUAGAUAAUUUAUAAAUCUUCACAGGGAACAACAAAAACACCCAUUCACUUCCCAAACAAGCUUUUACAGACUUGGAUGCCCAUAAGUGAUGAGAGAUGGAAACAAAGGAGAGAAAGUCCAGAAUGGCAAACAGUGAAAAUAAUAAACAAAUGAAAUUAUACUACUUGAAUACUUAUAUAGUAUAUUGCUAGCGUAUGCCAGGAUAUUCCCUUUCAUUGACUGCCUUUAGAAUAGCAACAACAUUCACCAUUUCUGGACACUUUCGUCCUACGUUUCUCCAACAGAACACUUACUAAUUCAGCACGAUAGCUUCUCAAAAUCUGUGUUUACAGUGGCUGGAUAGACUGCUAAUGAUGGCCGGUUGUUUGUACGUCGCAUUCAAGCACUGUACCGAGUAGGCCUACCAAAAGAACGCAUAAUCGCUUCAGCAGCCACAAAUAAACAGUAUUAAUGUAGACCCUCUGCUAGCUGAAGCUGCCUCUGUUACAGCACAGGCACGCUAUUAAAAAAACUGUCUUGUUACAGCUUGAUCUAUCUGUCAGACAAUGCUCUCUCUGUCACAGCACAGAACCUCUGUCAGCUGAAGCUGUCCCUGUUGAUGUUUGAUUUUUAAAUUUCUUCACAUUCUGGGGCUUUCCUCUGCCGUGCUAGAUGUUUCACCAUCACUGCGACAUGUUUUUAUUACGUAUGCAAAGGUACUUGUGCAUAGUACAUCUCUGCUUUUGUAUUGUGAAAGCUACGUGUCAAAUAAAUAUAAACGUAUUGCAGCAAACUGACUUCUUGAGCAUAAUUCGUAGAACAUACGAUGCCUAGAGGAGUAUUAUUCAAUUUCAUCAAAUGUGACAGUUGGAGAAGAAAUGUAGCUUGAUGGAUGGGAUGGUGCAUGAAAGGUUACCUAUUUCAUAAAUCUUUUUAAAAAUGAGCUUGUGCUCUAAUUUGUAAAAGAUUUCUUAGGAGCUCUCACAAACGAUUAUAUUACACCGUAGCCUGCAAUGUUAUUAUCUCCUAGACUGGAAAACGUGUAAAGAAUUUUUUUUUUUUUUUAUGAAGCUCAUAUAAAACCUCUCCAAUAGACUGACGUUUCCAUCUCAAACCAUUAUGUACGCAGUACAUUAAUUACUGUUGCCUUGGUUAACGCAAAUGUGUCAACCUUCAAAGAUCGUGUUUUUCUCUCUUAACUCAUAACCAGAGGCGUUUAUCAUUCAAUUUUUCGAAAAUAAUUUGAAUAAACUAUAUGCGAGUUCAGAUUAUUAAACAAUGAAGUUUGGGCUACCAUCUUCGAUGAAGGCAAUUUUCAUUUGUGUUAUCUGUCUGGCGAAGCAACACCAGUUGUGUAGGAGAGGUCAUCUUCAGUCACACUUUACUAAAAUCUGAUUAUGUUACGCGGUAUUUAUACGGCUUCAGGCAUGUCCCAUGACUAAAUUUUACUUUUCUCGCCUGUAAUACUACUCUCCUGUCUCGUGAGAUUUAUUUACCUGAUAUCUGAUGUCAUUCACAUCAUUUUAAUAUUUAAUGAAUCACACUAUAUUAUGAUGUAAACAUAUAGGUCAUUAAAAUAUGGACAAGUUAUUUUCUAUAUCCUGUGUUGGAUGUUACAUAACUGAAUUAUAUUCUACUACAGAGACUCUUGUCACUUUUCCGUUUUUUUUUUUUUUAAUCUAUGAAAACGUCCCUUACUUCCAUUAGUUUGUGCAGUUGAAAAUAGUCUCUCGUUCUUCAUCUACAAAGGAGUAAAGCAGUUACCACUGUAAACGAAUGACUACCAAUACUUGGAUAAGCAACAGAUAAUAUUAACUAGGACGUGUUCUUGUUGAACAUCUUUUUAUUAUUUCCAAUGUUUCCAUCAUAUGCAGAUUAGGAAUACAUAUUGAAUUUCCUUUAAACUCCAUCAGGUAUAUUUUGUUUUAAGUUAGAAUGUUCUUAAUCAAUGUGAAUUGACGGCUUUGUCAGUUGUACGAUAAUCAAAAGUGAGAAAAUGUGCAACAUAUGUUUAAAGGAGAGGUGCAUAAAUGGUUGACAGAGAGGAACCGUCAUCUCUUAGUGAAAAUGAGCAGUAUGAUACAUGAAUGUCUACAGCAUGGGAUAUUAUGUAGAUAUGCAUGUGCAUAUAUAUAUAUAUA